AUGGCAUAUCUUUAUGAUGGGCUUUGCUCACACACAGAAUACAAUAGAAAUGUUUUGCAUCAAAAUAUUAACAGUGUCAAAAAUACAUUAGAGAGUCAAAAGUACAUUAUUUGGCUUCGUAGGGGAACCAAGACCAACAAGGCUCCCAGCUUAAUGGAAAAUAAUAACUUUGUUCCUGGCGUCUAUGGGUCCAGUCUCCCACUGAGCAGCUUUGCAUACCAGACACAACACAAUUGUGGUUUGGAUUCUGAUGGCUCAGCUGAAAAUAAAUUAAAUUCACCAGGAGAUAAAAUUGUUGCUGGAGGUGUUCUUGCAAGCACAUUCUAUAAGGAUCCUUAUAAAGCUGCAGUGGAACAGCUGACAGCUCUUAGCUUGUCAAAAAAUACUAGGACAGCACAGCUCAAUCCAAACAGCAACAAACAAAGGGCAUUCCAUUCCUGGAGCUAUAUACACCACCAAGGCAACAAUGCAGUGAGCAGGAAAACUUUUGCAGAAAUGCCAUUUAGCUGCGGUGAUACUCCAAUAAGCCUCGUCAACACUAGUCCAGCACUGGUUGAUUCUCACCAAUCAGUUUCUUAUCCUGGAACUCAGCAGACAGCAUUGGAGAACUGCAGUAGAAAUGGAGACGGUGACUUUUUCAGAACGGCUCCCGAAUCCUCUGCUUCUGAUUCGUAUCCUGCUACAGAUAGUAGUAGUGAUGAUAUGCUUUCUGUAAUGAAAUUGAACUGGAAAACAGGAAACAGCAGCGGAGAUGACAAGCAUUUAGCUGAGAAAAAGGAUGCACCUGACUGUUCAAAAAAUAGGGCAGUUUUGCUAAAAUAUUUUAAAAAUGCAAAUCUUAAUCUAAGACCAGAGCCUAUAGAAGACAACAAAACUUCCUCUUCAGCUCAGUGUGAUACAUUUUCCUAUCCUGAUUUCCUUCCUGCACCUUACAGUGGAUUGGAUUUACAAAAAUUGUCCUUAUCCAAGUGGGAUGACUGGAAAUUAUCAAUGCCACCAUUGGAAGACUCACUUGAUAAACUAAUUUCUCGCUUAGUGGAAAUGGAAAGGUUACAGCACUUGACAGUAUUAAAAGAAAGGACAAAGGAACCAUCUGCUUCUUCUACCAUGGCUCUUUACAACCGCCCCAACUCUUCAAAAGAUAUGCAUCAGUUGAAGCAGCUGAAGGCAAUUGAUCUUUCGUGUCCUCAGGCAGCCUUUGAUGGAGAUUUUCACAAUUUUGGCAGUUUUGUGCGGGAACCAGACAUCUCAAAGUGCUCUUGCCAACAUUGUCAUAAUAAAUGCAAUUCUGGACCAAUUUCCCCUCUGCGUUCAAAGCACUGGCGAGCAUCCUACAAUAAGUGCAUUAAAGCACCAGUGAUUUUAGAGACGGGCAACAUAGCUGCUCGAAGGUCUCUGUCAUGCGCUGGCAGUUCAGCAAAAAUCCGAUCAGCUUUCAAAAUGCCUUCACCCAACACACCUGCACCUUUUUCCUUACCUGACAGUGAAAAUUCAAAAAUUAAACAGCUAAGGACCAGAAGAAAAACUUGUAGAAAAAAUGUAGCAUUAAUAAGUAAACCUUUCAACUCUCAAAGAUUACAAUCCCUAUCUGUUCUGGCAAAGCCCAGGUAUACUCAGGUCAACCAUCAGUGA